AUGUCGUUUGAGGACGACGACGAAUCGUUCGAGCACACGCUCCUGGUGGUGCGUGAGGUCGCCGUUUACAAAAUCCCGCCUCGGUCCACCAGCGGCGGUUACAAGUGCGGGGAGUGGUUGCAGUCCGACAAGAUCUGGUCGGGUCGGCUCAGAGUCGUGUCGUGCAACACCCGAUGCGAGAUCCGGCUCGAGGAUCCUAACUCCGGGGAGCUCUUCGCUGCUUGUUUUAUCAACCCGGGUCAGCGGGAGAGCUCCGUGGAGCCUGCCCUUGACUCGUCCAGGUACUUCGUGUUGAAAAUUGAGGAUGGUGCUGGGAAGCACGCUUUUAUUGGGCUAGGAUUCAAUGAGAGGAACGAGGCUUUUGAUUUCAAUGUGGCUUUAUCCGAUCACGAAAAGUAUGUUAGGAGAGAGCACGAUAAAGAUUCCGUCGGUGCCAAUGGCGAGGGCAGUGAUGACAGUCAUAUCGAUAUCCACCCAGCUGUUAAUCACAGGUUAAAGGAAGGUGAAACUAUCCGGAUCAAUGUGAAGAAUAAACCAUCCGGUGGAGCAGGCAUGCUUUCGGCCGCAGGAUUGUCAAAUGCACUACCUGGAUCUGUGAAGCCUAAACCUCUGGGCCUUGCUCCACCACCCAGCGGGGCAGCGAAGAUUAGAUCUCCUCUUCCGCCCCCUCCCAAUGAUCCUGUAGCUGCUAGGAUGACUUCUAGUAGCCAUGGACCUCCAAAGGUGACUAAAGAGAAUGCUAAACGUCCUGUUGACCCUUUAACAGAUCUUUCACAACUUGAGAAGAAUCUUCCAUCAGCCACGGAAUCAGGAUCUAGUAAGUCCACUGCAGCUGGAUGGGCUGCCUUUUGA